UUUUCUUCCUCCUGACCUUCAAGAUGGCGGCGGCGCUGCAGCGCAUUAUUUCCUCGCUACCAGCGAGGGGAUCGCAACUAGUGGUAGCUGCAUCAGUGGGAGUGCCCGGUUCCGGUGCAGUGCAGCUCCAGUGCGUGCGGGGUGCCUCCAAGGGUAACCGUCCUUGCCGCUACGGUCCCACAGCCAGAGGCCAGAGGCUGAACGUCUACAUCCACGAUGGCAUGAUCGCACACAAGGGGGACAUGAUUGUCAAGCAGAACCGACUCAGAUUUCAUCCGGGACUCAAUGUGGUGUUCGGGCCCAGUCGACAGACGCUGAUCGCGGCUGUUGAGGGACGCGUAAUGCUGACAAGGGAGAAAGUGAAUCUGGACUUUCACCACCCACGUGUGCAGAAGUUUUAUGAAGGAAGAAACGCAGAAGCCCUCUACAAGAAGUACUUCCAUGUCAUCCCUAAUCCACAGGGACAGACAUUCCGGCUUGUCUCACAGAUCUAGACCAUUGUGACGAAUGUUUAGAACAUUAGCAGAAUAAAUAUGUUGGAUGUCA